UUUUCGGUACUUUUUAAGCUAGCUCCCUCUGAUUAGCCACGUCAUUUAAACUUAGCAGUGAAACAUUUCUCACAUUAGGACAGCGAGGGGUCGCGGUUUUGGGGGGGACGUUGGUUAAGUUUUAAAGAGGAGCUCUUCUUUCAGGUUUAAAACUCGACAGUAAUUGUAUGGAAAGAUGUCAGAUAUCGGAGACUGGUAUAAAAGCAUCCCUUUGAUCACCCGGUCCUGGUUCACUGCCUCGGUUGCCUUUCCCCUGAUUGGGGUACUACGACUGGUAGAUAUCAGGAACCUUUUGUUGUUUCCGGAGCUGGUCAUCAACCGAUUUCAUAUCUGGAGACUUGUGACGGCCACCUUUUAUUUCCCAACUGGGUUUCUGUACCUGGUCAACCUCUAUUUCCUCUACCACUACUCCUCUCGGCUGGAGACAGGGUUGUUUGAUGGCAGACCUGCGGACUAUGUGUUCAUGCUCAUCUUCAACUGGAUAUGUGUUGUUAUAGUCGGUAUGCUGAUGAACAUGCGGCUGCUGAUGAUCCCGCUGAUCAUGUCAGUGCUUUACGUCUGGGCUCAGAUCAACAAAGACGUCAUUGUGUCCUUCUGGUUCGGAACACGAUUCAAGGCACAUUACCUACCUUGGGUCAUCUUGGUCUUCAACUUCAUCAUUGGAGGCUCUUUUGUGGAUGAACUAACAGGGAACCUGGUGGGUCACCUCUACUACUUCCUCAUGUUUAAAUACCCCAUGGACCUUGGAGGUCGCUCCUUACUCUCCACACCAGAGAUCUUGUACCGGUACCUCCCCAACAGGAGGGGAGGGAUGGGUGGCUUUGGUGUUCCUCCUGCCAGGAGACCAGCUGCCCAGGAGCAGGCAGGAGGUGGAGGCGGCGGGGGACGCUACAACUGGGGCCAAGGCUUCCGCCUCGGAGGAGAAUGAGAGAACACAAAAGGAGAGGGGCAUGCUCCCCCAUACUUUGCGCCCAGAAACAAAUGGCCAUGCAAUUGAUGUUCCAGGUUAAAAUGCUUGCUUUUUCACAUUCUUUCCUGUCAGACCUUGUCUUAAUUCAUAUUCUUGUUUAGUUUUAAAAGGAUACGGCAGGAAUAAAUGUGAGAAAGCAUGCAUCUUAAUGAAAGCCACACCUCAUAGCAGGACUCAGACUCUGACUUUAGGCUCAGCUCUACUAUUCAUUCUGCUGCGGAUGUUUCAGUGUGAAGCAGAUAGAAGAAAAUAAGAAUAAAAAGAUUUUUUUUUUAUGUGAUGAUUCUUCUUCCCCUCCCCAUUUCUUCCUCUUUUUCUUCUCCUCUCCUCACCCUGUUCCCUGCCGCCCUCUCUCCACACUCUGCCAUUGGACUGUCGAGACAAGAGAUGUUGCAGCUGCACCCCAGCACGCUGUUGAUUUUGAUUCUUGUGUUCCCGUCCUCUCUCUCCCUCUCUGUGAUGCCAUAUCAGAUUACAUUGUAAUUACCGAUGCACUGGGAGUGUGUGCUCUGCCACCCCUCUGCACAAGAUAGGGCAAAGCUAUUUAGAGAGCACUGUAUCCAGGUCUGAAUAUACAUGGUGUAAAAUGUUUAAGCAUCUGUGGCACAGACUUGAUCUACCUGUCUUAACUCUGAUCUUGAUCAACAUGAGGUGAAGAUGGGAUUUUUCUUUUUUUUGUAAAUAUAACAGUUGUUUAUUGAAAGGACAA